GAUCAGCCACACGAAGUGAAAGAAGAAAGAAAGUGACGAAGGCUUCAUGUAGAGGGUUUUAAAGAUUGCUCGAGGUUUGCUUUUAGUGUUUUAAAGAGUGGCACACCAAAGAUUUAGAAAAAAGCGCUGCCAAAAUGCUCUGCCACGUUACUCGUCCGGAUUCGGUGGUGAUGGAAGUGGAAGUUGAUGCGAAGGCGAACGGUGAAGACUGUCUCAAUAAGGUUUGCAGAAAGUUGGGUAUAAUUGAAGUGGACUACUUUGGGCUGCAGUUCACAGGCAGCAAAGGAGAGAACCUGUGGCUGAAUCUGAGGAAUCGCAUCUGCCAGCAGAUGGAUAAUGUGGCGCCCUGUCGGCUGAGGCUGCGAGUCAAGUUCUUUGUUGAGCCCCAUCUCAUUCUGCAGGAACAGACGAGACAUCUCUUCUUCAUGCACGUGAAGGAGGACCUCCACCACGGUCACCUACGUAUGGCCUCAGAGCAAGCUGAGGAGCUGAGUGCCCUCCUGGCUCAGGCAGAGUUUGGUGACUACAACCAAAACACAGCCCAGUACUGGUAUUCAGAGCUGUGUGGAGAAGAGCCCUGCAAUGCCACAGUCAACAGCAUCAUUUCCAGACACAAAGCUUUUGAAGGUUUCAGCCAAGCCUCAGUGGAGUAUCAGGCCCUGCAGCUGAUCUCCUCUCUGGAGCAUUAUGGUGUGGAGUGGCAUUGGGCUCGCGAUGCAAACGGUCAGCGUUUGGCUAUUGGAGUUGGCCCUGAGGGGAUUACAAUAUGCAAGGAAGACUUCAGCUUAGUCAACAGGAUAAGCUAUCCCAUCAUCCAGAUUGCCACCCAGUCGGGUAAAAGUGUCUACCUGACAGUUACCAAGGACACAAAUGACAGUGUUGUGCUUUUGUUCAAGCUGAUCAGUAACCGGGCAGCGAGCGGUCUGUACCGGGCCAUCACAGAGACACAUGCAUUCUACAGGUGUGACACGGUUACCAACGCAGUGAUGAUGCAGUACAGCAGAGACUUUAAGGGCCACCUAGCUUCACUAUUUCUCAAUGAAAACAUCAACGUUGGCAAGAAAUACGUCUUCGACAUCAGACGUACUUCCAAGGAAGUGUACGACCACGCCCGCCGUGCACUCUACAACGCUGGCGUUGUGGACUUGGUGUCUCGCUCUGAAAGCGGGGGGCGCUCCUCUCCCUCACGCUCCCCGGGCAGAGACAACCAGCAGGACAAGGGGCUGGACUGCAGCAGCUGCCAGCAGAGCCGGGCUCUGCAGGAGCGACUGCAGAAGCUCAGGGAGGCUCUCCUGUGCAUGCUGUGCUGCGAGGAGGAGAUAGAUGCUGCGUUCUGCCCUUGCGGCCACAUGGUCUGUUGCCAGACCUGUGCAAAUCAGCUGCAGUUGUGUCCCGUGUGUCGGUCAGACGUGGAGCAUGUUCAACAUGUCUACCUGCCAACUUGCACCAGCCUUCUGAGCCUGACACUGACAGACAACCACCAACAUCGCAGCAGCAUCCCUGCACCCAUCCACAGAGACAUGGCCUCCUCGCCUCACACCUGCUCCACCAAUGAAUACGAACACAAGCUCUACCACACAUAAACCCACCAAGCUCCCUCUAUGAACAGUUAAAAGCUACACCAGUUGGAUUUCACAGAGAAGGAACUUAUUUUUUUCACCCUUCUUGUUUCCUGCCUGGAAUUCACAUUUAUCACAACAGAUCAGCACAAACUAAGCGCUCAGCUUUUUUUUUUUUUUUUUUUUUUUUCUUUGUGUGCGUCACUGUUAAAAGCUUGUUUUAUUUUUUUAGAUUUGCCUCAUAACAUUGUUUAAAUUAUUGCAUCAGUUGACCUGAUACAGAAUUAUGCUUUUUGUUUGUUUUCUUCAUGGUUAUUUGCUCCAUAUGAAGCUCCUAGCCCCAGAAUCCAAACCAUAUGAUCAUGUUUUAGAAUAUCUUAACUGUACAUGAAUUGAAGUGUUUUUGGUUAUUUUUUUCUUUUUUUUUUAAAGGUUCCUGGCAUUUUAAAACUUCAUUUUCAAUGUUAUGCUGAAACAAGAGUGUACUGCAUUUGUUUUCCAUGCCAAUGAGGAGGGUAUUUAGAGGCUCAGCAGCACUGCUCCUGAAUAUAGUACCAUACUAAUGGGAUAAAAAGACAGUAAGACUGUUGUGGUGUUGAUCUUGUUAUUGUGGGGUCAAACGGGCCUCGAAGGCUUUUUUUUUUCUUUUCGCCCAAGAGAACUGUAACAUGCAGACACUCCUUCAACCGUUAUAACUCCAGAACUGGUCUGAUGAUUAACUUAAACUUGGUCAAACACUAACCUGUUUUUCAUAGACUGCUCCACUUUUACAUGUUUAUCUCCAUCUCAGCAGAAAAUGUGAAGAGCACUGACAUGCAUUUUGUAGGCAUGCAGAUGCUUCCUCUGAAAACCUCAGCUAUAAAUUUCUUCUCUGUGGUGUACUAGUGAGGUCUUUAUUUAAAGGGUACUAGGAUACCUGUAAGUGCAAUACUUGCUUGCUUUUCUGCCAAGCUUUUUAUUCUCAGUUUUAUUUAAUUUCAAAAACUAUAUUUAAAUGACAAAGAAAAAAAAAACACAUUGCCACUUUACUAAACAAGUUUGCUCGUGUGUUGGGAGUUUGGCCUUAAUGUAGCAGCAAAAUUUUUCUCUGACUUUUUGUUUUUCUGAGUAAGAAAAGGAAAAGGUUUUUCUUUACCAUUGACACAGUUGAGCACAGUCGCUGCAGGGGAUGGACUUUAUUUUUCAUAUUGUACAAGUAGUGAUUUGUUUCUGUUUUCUGAAGCAAAUGCCACUAUGCUCUUUAAAGUAUCUCUUAGAAUGAAAGACUUUUUUUUACAUAUGUAUAUAUACUCUGCUUUUAACAAAGUAUUAAUAAAGUUGUUUUUAAAA